UUUAUUUACAAACAUACACAUAACCUCAAAUAUCUCGUAGAACACAAAAAUAAUGUCAAAAUUUGUGAUAUUUCUUUACUUAAAUCAAACACUUAUGCUGCAGCUUUAUCUUCAUACUUUAAAAACUUGUGCAGAUAUUUCCUGAAUCUUAGGGUUUUUUUGCAACUGCUUUGUUAUUCUAGACUAUCGAAGUCAUGGCAGAGUAUGGCUGAAGCUCUGGCAAAGCAGGGGAAAAAAUUACCUUUGUAUGGACCUCUCGACAUCCAAAAUUACAAAGCAUUUUUAGAAGAAUCAAAAGAAAAAUUCAUUGGAAGACACAACACCGUUUUUCACUCAGACAUUUCAAUUCAAGGCUUUGAGGCUCUAGCUACCUUAGGCAGAGGCUCUUUUGGUUCAGUGAAACUCGUCAGGGAAAAGGACUCUGACAAUUACUAUGCUGUAAAAGUUCAACUGAAGCAGAAAAUAAAGCAGAAUGAAAGUUCACACCGUGUUUAUUUGGAGAAACAAGUCUUGUUCGGUAUGGACUUCCCUUUUUGUGUUAGAAUAGAACACUAUUGUCACGACAAAGACGCUAUAUACUUCUUGAUGCCAUUUGUUAGAGGAGGGGAACUUUACAAUUUGAUCAAGAAGUUUGGGCGUUUCCAAUCGAGCAUGACACGUUUCUACGCAGCCCAGGUAGUUUUAGCUUUGGAGUUUUUCCAGUACAUCCAUUUUGUAUACAGAGACUUGAAGCCUGAAAACAUACUUGUAGAUCACACAGGGUUUCUGAAAAUCACAGAUUACGGCUUAGCAAAGGAGGUGAGUUCACGAACAUAUACGAUUUGUGGAACUCCAGCAUACAUGGCACCAGAAGUUGUCGAAGGCUCCGGGUACGCAAGAAGCGCUGACUGGUGGUCUCUCGGGAUUUUGAUUUUCGAAAUGGCCUAUGGAAAACCACCUUACAUUGCAAAAGAUAGUGUAGAACUCUUCACGAUGAUUCUGUAUGCGCCAGUUCCCAUGCGCAGCGUCUUCAGUUCUCAACUCAAAAGCUUGUUGCGUGGUCUCCUCCAAAAGGACGUCACAUUCAGAUUGGGUAAUCUCAAAAACGGAGCAGAAGACGUGAAAAAACAUCCGUGGUUCAAAAACAUCGACUGGCUGCAGCUUCUGAAUCGAAGAGUCCAACCUCCCUAUGUUCCAGAAACUUCUGGUCCGGCGGACACGUCUAAUUUCCCAUUUGCUGCCAAGGUUGCAGCUAGUAGUCAUAAUAUUAAGACCAUCCAAGCGAAUACUAUUCGGCAGGAAUUGUUUGGAGAGAAAACCAAAACCAAGCGUAAAACGAGAUUUUGUGGAAAAUCUCUGAAUGACUCUCUUUUUCAAGCAUCUGUUUAAACUAUUUCACCUCUUACAAAUGUGAGGCACUGGUACCCAAUUAAAAAUAAACUAUUUUUUAAUUGAAUUAUUGUACAGCUGUUUGGAAAAUAUAAACCAAUAAAUUUGGUUAAG